GCGUUACAGCUGUGCUUAUGAAACACAGCCAGCGAAAUACACAUGUGUGAUUUAUCGUGUUUUGUUUAUAAAAUAAUUUUUGUGCAGCAAGCGUAUUCCUUUUAAAACUGUAUAAAUAUGGCUGAGGAGGUACAAAAGACAUGGACCGAUGAAGAGCGUUUAGCUUUGGCUGCACAACUGGAUGAAGAAUUGGAUGCAUUCAUUGAUAGUUUGGAGAGAAAACGCUAUGAAGAAGGAUGGCCAGAGGAUCGGUGGCAAGAAGAAAUGGACAAGCAUCCGUUCUUUAUGAAGAAAGCACCGCAACCGGGUGACGAUGUGCAUCCCAUGUUCGAGGGUCUGCAAAAGUUAAAAUACGAUCCAGAGGAGAACACAGCAGAGGAACUUGCACUCAAUUAUAAGGAGGAUGGCAACUUUUAUAUGAAGCAUAAGAAAUUUCGCACGGCAAUAUAUAGUUUCUCAGAGGGAUUAAAAGCUAAAUGCGAGAAACCGGAAGUAAAAUCAGUGCUGUACAAUAAUCGCUCAGCUGCACAUUUCUUUCUGAAAAAUUACCGUUCUGCACUUAGCGAUGCACAAAAGGCACUGGAAUAUAAUGCGGAUUAUAACAAAUCACGCUGGCGCGCGGCACAAUGUGCCUUUAUUUUGGACAAAUUCGAGUUAUGCGCACAAUUAUGCGAAGAGAUACUGGAACGGGAUAGAGAUAAUAACGAAGCUCGUGAUUUAUUAAAAAAGAAUAAAACAAAAAAGCUGGAAAUCGAACGAAAUCAACGCAAAGAAGCUGCAGAGGAAAAGAAACGAAUUGUCAGCUUUCAACGGCUAACUGAAGCGUUAAAGUCACGCAGCAUUAAAUUCGAUGAUCAGAAAAAUAAUAAACCGAUAACGGAAGAAUUAUUGAGGCCAAAGUUUCUGCCAUUGGAAGAUCAUCCCGUGCAUUUGGACACUGACAAUGAGACGCUUGUAUGGCCAACAGCCUUUUCAUAUCCAGAAUUUUUAUUUAGCGAUUUCCAACAACAACUUUCAGAGGAUGUGGUUAUGGAAGAUUGCAUCAACGACAUGUUCAAAGAGCCACUGCCAUGUGACAAAUCCAAUAGCUAUCGACCUGGUAAUUUAAAUAUCUACUACGAGAAUCGUAAAGUGGGUUGCGUGCAUAAAGUGGAUUUGAAUAAAACUAUAAAAGAGAUACUAAACGAAAAAGGAUUCUUCGUCACUGGAGGCUCGCUGCUAUUUUACGUUGUACCGCAGAAUUCUCAGAUUGAACGCGAAUUCGUUCAUCAACAGCGAAGACCAUUGAUCUAUGUGUAAAAGUUAAUAUUUGAAUUGUGUGUUGAAAAUAUAGCGGCGGCCUUUAUGUAUAUAGCUUUUUUAAACAAUAAAGUAUGUACUCCUAGGUACAUAAGUAUAUUGUGCAUU